AUGUCGAAUCCUGAGAAAGCUCCCCAGUAUUCCGCUGGCGACCAGCAUGGAGGUGGUCUGCUCCCUACCGCCGACCCUUCCCAGAAUCAACCUCAAGACUCCUCUCUGCCUCCAGCAUACAACCAAGGAUCUGCUGAGCUUCCUGGAGACGAGAAGCCCCGCGUACCCCAAAAUCCCGAUCAACAUGUCCAGUUCGCAGGAUCCCAGAGCCAGCAGCAACCUCCUCCGUUUUCGUCUACUGCCGGAACCGAGCAAUAUCCCAGUGCUGCAGAGGAGAAGCGCCAGCUAGAGCAGCAGUACUUCCCUCCCCCUCCUCCCGGUCCUCCUCCUGCGCAAGAUCAACACCAAGCUUCCACUGCUCACCCAAACCCUCUCCAGGGCAAUCCAGUCACUGUGCCUCAGCAGCAUCAGGAGACUCACCAGCCUUCUGACGCUCAGCAGGCCCAGCAAAAUUACGCUAUUCCGCAGUACGACCCUGCUCAUCCUACCUUUGCGCCCCCUCCUACAAAUCAGCCUGCUCAGGCUCAGGCUUCGCCUCAGCCAAGCCCGACAGCUCCUACACAUGGCCACGGUUUCGGCCAUGGUCCAGAGACAACCACAACCCAGGCUUCGACUUCCGCGCAUCCUGAGACACACAAGAAGCCGGGUUGGAGCGAGAAGUUCAGCCAGCUUGGUAUCAAGGCCGCUGCGCCUAUCAACAGCUUGGCGCACAAGUUUGGUAGCCAGAGUUUCCUCCCCGAGACUAUCGACAAGGAGUGCGACAAGGCAGCUUCUAUUCUGAAGUCCUUCUGCAAAAACGGUGUCUACGCUGAUCCUAGCUCUAGCCAGGUCCCCACAUCCACAGACCCCAAGGCACAGGAGACUAAUGACGAGAUCAUCGAUCCCACCAAAGAGAAGCCCAAGAAGAGAGUUCUUGUCAACAUCCCUCCCAAGGUCAUCGCCAAGGCACAAGGUCUCGCUAUCUUCACAACCCUUCGUGCCGGCUACGCUUUCUCCGGUGCCACUGGUUCAGGUAUCUUGAUCUCUCGCCUCCCCGAUGGAUCAUGGGGCCCUCCUUCAGGUAUCCAGGUCCACUCCGUUGGCGCUGGUUUCAUGAUCGGUCUUGAUAUUUACGACUGUGUCUGUGUCAUCAACAGCCGAGAGGCUCUCAACGCCUUCGCCAAGACCCGCGUUGCCCUGGGCAGCGACCUUGCUGUUGUCGCUGGUCCAUACGGCGCCGGAGGUGCUGUCGAGAUUGGUGCCGCUAUGGACGGAAAGAAGAAGGACAAGGAGAACAAGGACGAAGAGGCUCCUCCCAAGCCUCCCCGCCCUACCGAGGACAACCAAGGCCUAAAGCCAGAGACCGACGCCGACAAGAAGAAGAAGCGCCGCAGCCUGAGCACCGGUGCUUUCAAGCCUGUCUUUUCCUACGUCAAGUCCCGCGGUUUCUACGCAGGCAUUCAAGUCGACGGCACCGUCGUCGUCGAGCGCAAGGAUGCCAAUGCCGCAUUCUACGGCGAGCGCGUCUCAGUCGAGCAGAUCAUCCGAGGAGAGGUCCCCCGCCAGAGUGGCAUGUGGCCCGCUGGUGCUCGCAACCUUCUCGAGACUCUGAAGGGUGCUGAGGUCGGAUCUCUCAAGGUCAAUUCCGUGUCUCCGACCGAUCGGGACCCCACUUCGGCGCCGGUGGCGUCGGGGGCUAGUGCGGGACAGACACAGCCUCCGGGAUAUGUGGAUGAUGGAGUUCACCGACCUGAAGUUGGAGAUCCCAGCGAUCUUGGCAAAAAAGCCGACUUUACAACACAAAGGCUCAAGAAGCGAACCCGAAAGUCAGCUAACAUUUCGUCCCUCAGAAACAUCCUUUCCAUCCCCUUUCGCAAGUCGGCCCAGUUGUCGCUUGCUUCGACGAUUCGGCAGUAUAUCAACACCAAAUAUGAUCAGCACCCGGAUAUGUUUAAGCAUGACCUCGAGGUCAUUGACGCACUUCGACGCGAUGCGGUGAACGUUCGAGAGCCUCAUCCAAGUGGCAUUAAAAAGCUACAAGCGUAUGCCGGGCAGCUUGUUUGGGUGGGGGGCAAGUUUCCUAUAGAUAUUGGCGCCGAAUUCUCGUGGUAUCCAGCGCUAGGAUACAACACUGAGCGCCCUAUGGUGCGAAACAACCUCAAGUACGAGCUUAUGAACAUUCUCUACAACCUCGCCUCCCUCUACUCCCAGCUCGCCAUCAAUACGCCACGAGGCAACACCGAAGGUCUCAAAUCAGCAGCGAACUACUUCUCCCUCGCUGCAGGUGUGCUCUCACACAUGCAAAAAGAGAUCCUCCCCGAACUACGAAUGUCCGAUCCUCCCGAAGACAUGGACCACGACACACUCGAGUCCUUGAUCCAACUACUCCUCGCCCAGAGUCAAGAAUGCUUCUGGCAGAAAGCCGUUAUGGACGGCUACAAAGACGCGUCAAUCGCCAAGCUCGCCGCUCGAGUGUCCGACCUGUAUAAUUUUGCUGGCGAAGCUGCUAUGAAGAGCGAAGCCAUAAGCAGUGCCUGGAUCCACCACAUGAGCGCCAAGCAUCAUCAUUUCGCUGCUGCUGCGCAAUACCGAGCUGCGUGCGAUUGUCUUGAGAAGCGGAAAUAUGGAGAGGAGGUUGCGCGCCUCAAAGAUGCUGUUGCUUGUGCGACGGAGGGCAUUAAGGAGGCCCGAAGUGGCUAUCUUGGCAAGACGGUGGUUGAUGACCUCAAUGGGUUGAAGCGCAAGGUUGAGGAAGAUUUGAAGCGAGCAGAGAAGGAUAAUGAUGUUAUUUACCUGAUUGCUGUACCACCAAAGUCGGAGCUCAAGAUUCUUGAUCGCGCAAACAUGGCCGUAGCUCGGGUGCCACCGCAAGUUGCCAAUCCCUAUGAUUACUUUGGAGACCACGCCGAGUUCGGACCAGCUUUGUUCUCUCGACUUGUCCCCUUCUCGGUGCACGUCGCCACAUCAAUUUACGAAGAACGACGCGAUCGCAUGGUUAGCCAGAAUAUUAUUCCGGAACUUGAAUCUCUCACAGACAAGAUACACGAAAUUCUCACAUCGCUUGGGCUACCUGGAUCUUUACAAGCGCUUGAGAAACCUCUGGGUCUACCGCCUAGCUUGGUCCAACAUGCUGAGGAGAUUAGACAAGCAGAUGCCAUUGGUAGAGUGCAAAAGGGCUUUGCGGAUAUCGACAAGUUGCGGUCUGGAGAUAUGGCAAUCUUUGAAGAGGGCAAAGCGGCUCUAGCUUCGGAAGAAGAGGAAGAUCAGCGAUUACGGAUGAGAUACGGAACAGACCGAUGGGUGCGACCCGAGAGUCGGCAAGAUCCUCAGGGUGGAAAGCUUUGGCAGCACGCUUCUGAGAUCGAGAGCUACUUUCAGAGCAGUGUCAGUAGCGAUGCGGUCGUUAGGGAGAAGUUCGGCGCGAUCCAGGAUCUGCUUGCUAUCCUUUCCGGACCGGACCGAGAUCUGAUGGACUCUGUGCCGUCGAGCCGACGGGUUGACAUACACGAGACUCUGAAACCUGUCAUAGGAAGAUUGCGCGGCGCAUACAACGACGUUCUUCGUCUUGAGAGCCGUCGUCGCAAGAAGGUUGAGAGUUUGCGGGAAAACGCCCGGCGCGACGACAUCAAGCCGGACAUCUUGAAGGAAGCCGCCCGACUGGAGCGAGCGUACCCUAACACAGCACUUGUCCCGGCUCACUUUGAGGAGUUUUUCGACAAACGACUUGACAAGUUGUAUGAACCCGAGGUUGAAGCGAUCGACAAGGAAGCCAAGGACCAGGAACGUCUGUUGGCGGAUGUUCAGCGUAUUAACCGCGAGUUUGAGUCUCAGAAGCGACAGAUGGGUGAGCGCGGAAACCGAGAACGCGAGGUGGCUUUGCAGAAGCUGGAUAACGCCUAUUUUAAGUACAAGGAGAUUAUCAACAACCUCGAAGUUGGGCGCAAGUUUUACAAUGAUUUGAAUAAGAUUGUUGGGCAGGGUUUCCGUGAUGUUAUUCGCGGUUGGGUUGCCCAGCGUCGCAUGGAGGCGCGAGCCUUAGAAGAGGAAAUUAACAUGCCGACGUUGUCAAACCUCAACAUCUCUCACCAACAACCUCCGGCCCAAAGCCCAAUGCCGUCACACCAAGACCCCUCCCACUCGUAUGCACCACCACAACAACCCCCUCAACCUGUGCAGAGCCCAGCGCAGGCAAACAUACAGUCUUGGGGAGAGACGGUACAGCAGCCAAAACCAGUGCAACCAACACCGGUUGGUGCGAUGUGGACUCCUGGUAUGGGUAUCAAGUUUGGUCAGUCUGGUGCUGGUUCAGGGCAACCUCCUGCACCUGGGACGUGGAAUCCCAACUCUGGCAUCAAGUUUGGUUGA